AUGUCUACCGCCACAGAGUUAAUGCAAGUUAACCGCGAUGCUGAAUCAAAUAUCAACACAUCAAAUUCAAACAAGAAAAAACCAUUGUGUCAAGCAUUCAAGGAAACUUUCAUCGAAUAUUCGGGGAAUACCGCAUUACAUGGAGUUCCAUAUUUUAGCCAACAACGGCCUUUGCGGGAGAAUAUAUUUUGGCUGUGCGUUAUAUUUUUAUCCCUUUUCUAUUGUGUGACAUCUGUCAUGCAGACAUUUGGAAAAUGGAAAGAUCGUCCAGUAAUCGUGAGUUUUUCGGAAAGUUCUGUGGAUAUAUCGAAAAUACCAUUUCCAGCUGUUACCAUUUGUCCGGAAACUAAGCGGCCAUUGAAUAAAGGACCCAGUUUUAAUGCUUUAUAUUCACAACUCAAAUCGAUAGAUGCAUUUUCCGGCAACUCCAACAUAACCUCAAAAGAAUUACGUGAUUUUCUAACACUAGCCCAAGUAUGUGAUUUGGAUUAUCUCAAUGAUGGCAAGGCGGAUGGUAGUGUUGAAAUCGAUUUAACCAAUUUACAAUAUCCCCCUCUCGAUUAUAUGGCAAUACUUAGUGAAAUGGCGCCCGAUUUGAGUAUGAAUAACGAAGGACACUUUUGGUCCUCGAAUCCAAUGAACAUUACACAUUUAUAUACGAAAAUCUAUACGGAAGAAGGUGUCUGUUAUACAUUUAAUGGUUUAAAUGCCACCGAUUUAUAUCGUGAGAGCACAGUGCAAUAUCGCACAAUGGGUUUACAUAGUUCCAUUGAAAAUACCGAACUAAUAAAUCGUACAUUAGCAUGGUCUUUGGAACAGGGUUAUGCUGUUAAUAGCCCACUUAAUACAUACCCGGCCAGGGUUGUGAGCUGUGGCAGUAGUGCUGGAUUGAGAUCUGCAUUAUUUAAUCUAAAAGAAAAUAAUGACUACACAUGUCGCGGCCCAACCCAGGGUUACAAACUGAUAUUACAUUCACCCGAUACUGUGCCUUCGGUAUCAAAGAGAUUUGUACGCAUCGAUAUGGGUAAGGAAGUUUCGAUUGCAGUGAAACCAAAACUAAUGCAAACCUCAAGCGAUAUUGCCAUCUAUUCGCCGCAAAAACGUCAAUGUUAUUUCGAACAUGAACGGCCCUUGAAAUUCUUUAAAAUCUAUAAUGCGGAUAAUUGUGAAUUGGAAUGCCUGACCAAUUACACACUCCACAAAUGCGAUUGUGUUCGAUUCUCAAUGCCACAUACUGCCGAUAUGCCUAUUUGUAAUUUAGAUGCAAUUGAGUGUUAUAAAACAGCCGAAGAGGAAAUGUUGUUCAAUAAAUUUAAGGCGUAUCAGGAUAAUCAGGAUGACGGUAAACUGGUGACACAAUGUAAUUGCCUACCAUCCUGUACUUCGCUGGAAUAUGAUAUGCAAAUCUCGAAGGGUCAUUUGGAUGUGAAGAAGACAUUAAUGGCUUUAUUAAAUAUGGACACUUGGUUGGAUAUUAUGCCCGAUAUUGAAUUGUCUCUCAUUUCGAUUUAUUUUAAGAACAACCAAUUUAUUGCCACCAAACGUUCGAAGCUAUUUAGUUUUUAUGAUUUGCUAUCAAAUUGUGGUGGUAUUGGUGGUCUAUUUAUUGGUUUCUCUCUCUUGAGUAUAGCUGAGAUUAUAUUUCAUUUUACUAUGCGUCUAUGGGCCAAUUGGAAGGCUAAAAAGGAAUAA